AUGCCUAUGGAGCAAGUGCAAGCAAUAGGGAACUUCCCAAGGUCUUCCAACAACCCAUACUCCAUGAGUUACAAUCCAGGGUGGCGGAAUCACCCAAAAUUUUCGUGGACAACUGGGCAGGGUAGUCAGCAACAGUUUCAACAGAAUCAACCACAGUAUCCUCGACCUCCUCCUGGGUUUUAUCAGCAGCAACCAGUAAGACCUGCACAGCAACCGAUGCAAGCAAAGCAAGACGGUCAGGCUGAUGUGUUAACUCAAUUUAUGACUGAAACGAGAUCAUCAAUUUGGAGCUUGGAAACUCAGAUUGGACAGUUGGCUACACUUAUGGCAAACCGAGCUCAAGGGAACUUGCUAAGCACUACUGAGGUGAAUCCAAAGGGGAAUCCUAACGAACAGUGUCAGGCGAUUACUUUAAGGAGUGGAACAGUAUAUGAGGGAACAAGUGUGGAAAAGAGAAUCGAGCAGAAGCAAGAUCAACAGGCACCCAAUGUUGAAGACAAGAAGACUUGUGAAGAGAAGGUUAAAGAGAUUCCACCAGCAAGAGAAGUGGUACCUCCGGUGUCUAUAGAUCAUCACAGAAAAAUUCCAUAUCCACAGAGACUCCAAAAGAACCGUCUUGACAAGCAGUUUGCAAAGUUCUUAGAGGUUUUCAAGAGGCUACAUAUCAACAUACCCUUCGCAGAAGCAUUAGAACAGAUGCCCAGUUACGUAAAAUUUAUGAAAGAUAUUUUAUCAAAGAAGAGAAAAAUGGAGGAUUACGAAACUGUGGCAUUGACCGAAGAGUGCAGUGCUAUUUUGCAAAGGAAGCUUCCACAAAAGUUGAGAGAUCCUGGAAGUUUCACUAUCCCAUGCACAAUUGGUAACUUUGAGUGUAAACAUGCACUAUGUGAUUUGGGAGCCAGCAUAAAUCUCAUGCCUCUAUCAGUAUUCAAAAGACUUGGUUUGGGUGAGGCAAAGCCAACAACUGUUACACUAUAG